CAAUGAUUGAUGAUCGAUCAACUUUUACUUGACUCCACGUAUUCUCUUCAUAACAUUCAUUACAAUCUGAGAUCUUUAGCCGUAGCAGAGCAAUGGCUGGAGCAGAGCAACUCCAAAGAUGGAGCCUUCAAGUCAAGACUGCACUUGUAACCGGUGGAACCAAAGGCAUUGGACAUGCUGUGGUAGAGGAACUUGCAGGAUUUGGAGCCAUAAUACAUACUUGCGCCAGAGACGAAUCUCAGCUUAACGAGUGUAUAAGCCAAUGGCAAAAGAAAGGGUUUCAAGUCACAGGUUCAGUCUGUGACGUCACUUCUAGAACAGACAGAGAGAAGCUUAUGGAGACGGUUUCAUCGAUGUUUGGCGGGAAGCUCGAUAUCCUUGUAAACAAUGCGGGAGCCAUUCGGUCAAAGCCAACAGUGGAUCAUACAGCAGAAGACUUUUCAUUUCAUAUCUCGACCAACUUAGAAUCUGCUUUCCAUCUAAGCCAGCUUUCACACCCCUUGCUUAAGGCUUCAGGAUACGGUAGCAUCGUGUUCAUGUCCUCUGUUGCUGGAGUUGUAUCGCUUAGCGUCGGUUCCAUCUACUCUGCAACAAAAGGGGCUAUGAAUCAGCUAGCAAGGAAUUUGGCAUGCGAAUGGGCUAGUGAUGGCAUUAGGGCUAAUGCUGUGGCUCCUGCUGUCAUCGCAACUGAUCUGGCUAAAGCUGUGUAUGAUGAAGAGUUUAAGAAGGCUGUGAUAUCUAGAAAGCCGUUGGGGCGUUUUGGGGAGCCUGAAGAGGUUGCCUCACUUGUGGCUUUUCUAUGUAUGCCUGCAGCUUCUUACAUAACUGGUCAGACCAUUUGUGUCGAUGGAGGUCUCUCUGUCAAUGGCUUCUCGUAUCAGCCACAUGGUUAAAAUCCAAUGCUCCAAAUAAAUUAAAAACUUCAAAUUUUUACAAAUAAGUUUCAGUGUCUAGAAACAGAAUUUGUAUGUUCACUAUGUUUCUCGUUAUCAUAUUGGGCUAAUUCACCAAUAUAUAAGAGACUUCAUAAACUUCCAGAACGAA